GUGUUUAGGAGGGAAAGGAUCAGGCCUUUCACAUGGGUAUAAGGGCUGGAUUCUAAGUAUGGGAAAACGGAAACGCGAAAUGAGGCAGAACAAAGGUUAGCAGCAAAAGGAAAACACCAUUAGAGAUUCUGGAUUCUCGAAUGCUCACUGGUCACUUUGGUCUCCUGGAGACAGACAAUAUCAGCAUCUAGCUCGUCCAAAACGCGCCGCAAGGCCGUGGGACUGCCGCUGGGCUCCUGGCAUGCAAGACCUUGCAGGGGACUCCGGAUCCCAUUGAUGUUCCAGCUCACCAUGCGCAGCAUUUUGGAUAAUCCAGGAAGAGGCACUGAAGCUAAGUAGAAGUUGAAUAAAUUCGUCUCAGCCUUACAGAAGUGGUAGAGCCAAGAUUUAAACCCUUCUUAAUCAGCCUUCCCAGGAACCAACGGAUAUCUCCGGGUUUCCUAUUUGAUGCCACCUACCGGACCUGCUUUGGGGGUCUGUAAAUGCAAGAGAGCCAUUGGAUAAUUAGCGAUGGAAGAAAAAGCCUCGAAGAGAACAGCCUCCAUACCACAGUUCACUAAUUCCCCCACAAUGGUGAUCAUGGUGGGUUUACCAGCUCGAGGCAAGACCUACAUCUCUACGAAGCUCACGCGCUAUCUCAACUGGAUAGGAACACCAACUAAAGUGUUUAAUUUAGGUCAGUAUCGACGAGAGGCAGUAAGCUACAGGAACUAUGAAUUCUUUCACCCAGACAAUAAGGAGGCCCAACACAUCAGAAAGCAGUGUGCUCUAGCAGCCCUAAAGGAUGUCCAUAAGUAUCUCAGCCAUGAGGAAGGUCACGUUGCGGUUUUUGAUGCCACCAACACUACCAGAGAACGACGAUCAUUGAUUCUGCAGUUUGCUAAAGAACAUGGUUACAAGGUCUUCUUCAUUGAGUCUAUUUGUAAUGACCCAGACAUCAUUGCAGAAAACAUCAAGCAAGUGAAACUCGGCAGUCCUGAUUAUGUAGACUGUGACCAAGAAAAGGUUCUGGAAGAUUUUCUAAAGAGAAUUGAGUGCUAUGAGAUCAACUACCAGCCUUUGGAUGAGGAAUUGGACAGCCACCUGUCCUACAUCAAGAUCUUCGACGUGGGCACACGCUACAUGGUAAAUCGAGUGCAGGACCACGUUCAGAGCCGUACAGCCUACUACCUCAUGAACAUCCAUGUCACACCCCGAUCUAUCUACUUGUGCCGACAUGGUGAGAGUGAACUCAACCUUAGAGGCCGCAUUGGAGGUGAUUCUGGCCUCUCAGCUCGGGGCAAACAGUAUGCCUAUGCCCUGGCCAACUUUAUUCGGUCUCAAAGCAUCAGCUCCCUGAAGGUGUGGACUAGUCACAUGAAGAGGACCAUUCAGACAGCUGAAGCCCUAGGUGUCCCCUAUGAACAGUGGAAGGCUCUGAAUGAGAUUGAUGCGGGUGUCUGUGAAGAGAUGACUUAUGAAGAGAUUCAAGAACACUACCCUGAAGAAUUUGCACUACGGGAUCAGGAUAAAUAUCGUUACCGCUAUCCCAAGGGAGAGUCCUAUGAGGAUCUGGUUCAGCGACUUGAGCCAGUUAUAAUGGAGCUAGAACGGCAAGAAAAUGUACUGGUGAUUUGUCACCAGGCUGUCAUGAGGUGCCUCCUGGCAUACUUCCUGGAUAAAAGUUCAGAUGAGCUGCCCUAUCUCAAGUGUCCUCUGCAUACUGUGCUCAAACUCACACCUGUGGCUUAUGGCUGCAGAGUGGAGUCCAUCUACCUGAAUGUGGAGGCUGUGAACACACAUCGGGACAAGCCUGAGAAUGUGGACAUCACCCGUGAACCUGAGGAAGCCCUGGACACUGUUCCUGCCCAUUACUGAGCCCUUCUUAAGUGAUUAAAUUGUCCCUCUUCGCACCACCUUCCUCCUGUAGGAACUGCUGGCCUUGUUCUCCUUAAGCAGACUCUGGCUUUGGCCUGAGUGUACCCUACCUCCAGAGAAGAAGUCUGUAGCAGCUCCUAAACAGGUCUUAAUUCCUAGCCAUAACUUAGCCUGCCUAGUUGUGGAUAAAGUUCUUUUUAAGCAUUCCCUGAUGAAUGAAGACAUUUAUUCCUGCCUAUAAGACAGGAAGAAGUAA